AUGGAUGACGAUGAACAGAAAGGAUACACCUGGGAGGCUGGUUACGCUGAAGGCUUGAACAUCAAUGAAGUUCUUGUCGAAGAUGAGGGAGGAUCCAUUGAGAAAUCAAUUGCAAAAUAUGUGGCUGAUAGCAAGCGUAAAGCGAGACUUACAAAACGACCUGAAAAAAUUCGACUGGGAAUUAUGCGACAUGUCAUGAUCGUCAUCGAUUGCUCAAGAUUUAUGACAAGCAAGGCAAUGCCUCCUUCCAGAUUUGUAGUUGUGAUGAAGGCGUUGCAACAGUUCCUCGAACGAUUUUUCGAACAAAAUCCGAUUGCUCAAAUCGGUCUGAUCACUUGCAAAGAUCGAAAAGCUGAUAGACUCACAAUGAUGACAGGAAAUAUCCGAAUUUUGAAAGAAUCCUUAAGUUCUUUGACAGAAGCAUUCUGUGGUGGAGAUUUUUCUUUACAAAACGCUCUCCAGCUUGCAUGUGUCAAUUUGAAAGGUAUGCCAGGUCAUGUGUCUCGUGAAGUGGUGAUUGUUAUGGCAGCACUGUCAUCCAUCGAUCCGGGAAACAUCUUCAGUACUAUCGAGACAAUGAAACGUAUGAAUAUUCGAUGCUCAGCUAUCGGUCUUUCAGCCGAAAUGUUCAUUUGUAAGGAGAUGGCAAAAGCAACCAAAGGAGAAUACUCGGUUGCUCUUGACCCUGAUCAUCUUCAUCUGCUAUUUUCAAAACAUACGCUACCACCAUCAUCAGCGAAAUCGAGUGAAUGCAAUGCGAUUCAUGUAGGAUUCCCACACCACGAGCUGAUCAAAACAAGAUCUUUUUGCGUAUGCCAUCCAGACUCAAAACCAAUUUCAUUACGAGGCUUCAUCUGUACACAAUGUGGAGCCCGCCACUGUUCCAUUCCAGCAGAAUGCCCAGUGUGUAAGCUGACACUAGUUGCUGCUCCACAACUUGCCCGAGCUUUCCGACAUCUACAACCACUUGCUGCAUUUAAGCAAAUCGAAGUAACAAGAGGAUCGUGCUACGCAUGCGAAACACGUUUUUCCGAUGAGGGAUUCCGAUGUGAAAAGUGUCGUUUAGUAUUCUGCCUCGACUGUGACACUCUUCUCCAUGAAUCUCUACAUGUGUGCCCCGGUUGUAAUUAA